AUGGUCGCCACUGAACCUUCAUCUUCCGUCCCGCUUCUUGAUCCCACCAUCAGCAGCAAUGUCAGCACCACCGCCACCGCCACCACCAAUAGCUAUAACAGCAGUAGCAGCAAAUAUGAUGAUGAAGAAGAUGUUGAUGGGAAUCACACUGCCUCUUCUCCAAUGACAUCAAAUGCCUCCAUCGCCGACAACUCCACUGACCUGUCAUCUAACCUGUCAUUGACAGCAGCCGUGCCAUCACCAUUGCUGAAGAGUUCCAAACCUCGCAAGAAACCAACAAAAUCCUCAACAGACGCUCCUCGACCCCACAAGUGUCCGUAUUGCUCGAAAGCGUUCCACAGGUUAGAGCAUCAGACCCGUCAUAUUCGAACACAUACUGGAGAAAAACCCCACGGGUGCGAUUACCCAGGGUGCUUCAAGAGGUUUAGCAGAAGCGAUGAGUUGACCAGGCAUUUGAAGAUCCAUACCAAUCCUAAUUCCCGAAGACUGAAGAAGUUGCAGAAGGAAGCAGCGGCAGCAGCGGCAAAGAAGAAGAAGAGGACUACUGAUAAUGUUAAGGAUGAAGGUGAUAAUAAUAAUAAUAAUAAUAAUAAUAAUAAUAGUACAUUGACAGGGCCCCAAAAUAUACUGGAACCAGAAAUCAAGGAUAAUAGCACUAAAGAGAGCACACCACAGAAUAAUAUCCCUAUAAAACAAGAAACUCCGGCCAAAUUGAAAAGUUUGGAUCAAUUUAAUUUACUUGCCAAUGCCGCAGCGUUGCAACUUGAAAAGGAAAAAAGAUCUCAGCAACCGCUAUUCUUCGAUUCAAAUUCCCAGUUAGAUUUACAAAAUGUCACAUCUCUGUCAUCAUUGAAUCUAUAUUAUGAUGCUAGUACCACUUCCUCAAAUAAUAAUAAUAAUCCAAGAAUGUACAAUACUCUGUUGGCGAAAACCUUUUCCAAUAACGACGAUGAUGACGAAGGAAUUCUUAUUAUUCCAAGAACAUCAUACCACCCUCCAAGUCAAUCAAACAGAAAUAACAAUAUCAAUUCCCCAAUAGUGAGUUCUGCAGGUAUCAAAAAACCACAAAUAUUAAGAAACAAGAGUAGUUCGGCUUUGGCGAAUUUCCAUUCCAACAAAUCUUUGGUUGGGCUUGCGUCUUUACAAAGACCAACGUCCCCUUCAAAAUUUGCAAAUUCUCCAAGUAAUAGUGCCUACCAUACCCGAUGCUCAUCUCCUACCCUACCCACAACAACUCCAAAUAAUAUUAACAAUAGCAACCCAAUCUCUUCGUACUCUGCUAAAUCUCCGAAUCUUUCGUCAUUCUCGACAUUCCCUUCAAAAUCAAUCCCCACUUCUCCUGUGCUUGACUCAAUGCUAGUCGCCCCUCCAUCAUCAAAUACUACUAAUAAUAAUUCUCCAGUGCACCAUACGUUUUCUGAAAAUUCUCUUGCUAGGAAACACAACCAUAAUUUAUCAAACCAUUCAUCUUCACUUAAUCUUCUCUCUUCGGUAGUAUCAGAUCCGAUUCAUUCCUCCACAACAAGCAUCAAUGGAUUAUUAUCCCAUUCUAGUGGGGUGGGGAUUUCCCAAUUAGACAAUACCGCAGAGACUGCCUCACCCGGUCUAUUAACAAGAAACUCUUCUCAUCAAGGAUUAGCCACAUUAUUGCCCAGAACUUCUAGUGGGAUAUUCUUUAGUGGAACUGGUAAUGCCAACCAACUCUCGAAUCUUAGUUCUGUCAAUGAUCCAGAUACCGGUCUUCCAUUGUUGAGUUCCAAGUCAUACUCAAACUUACCGUUUGGAAACAACCAUUCGGAUAGCAGCAGUUCCAUAAAUGGUUUAUUGGCCUUGAGGCACGGUCAUGGGCUACAAAAAAACCAGCUCCCAGCCGAACUUCUGUCCUCAUCAUCGUCAUCAUCUCCUUCGUCAUCACCAAUUCUCCAAAAACAGAACCCCAUCACCGCAAAAACAAGUACUUUAGGAAAUAAGUUUGUCAACACCCCAACCUUGAGGAGAAAUUACAGCUACGAAAAACCGACGUUUUUCAUUACUUCUUCUUCCAAAGCGGAGAAUGCUGCCACCAGCCAUCAACUGUAUCAUAAACCAACCCCUUUGGGUGGUACUGUCAUCAGUAAUGAAACUUUACCCCUGUUGAAAUCUUUGAAUCUACCCUCGGUCGAUGAAUUGGAACACGGGGGGUUUAAAAUGGUAACGGCGCUUACCGGAAACAACAGAGAAUCAGAGGACAGUGAUGGUGAUAUUAGGAUGUCUUGA